GAUUCCUAAGGACUACUCCUAUUGCUUGGCUGGUGUCACUGGGACUCUACUUGCUGUGGUGCUGCUGAGGCUGCUCAGAGUGGCGUGUUUUGGAAUCUCCCCUUUCCUCUCUGGGGUGCAUUUGGAAAAUUGCACAGAAUGGCUUCAGGAAAGGAUGAACUUGUCUUCUUCGUAAAUGGCAAGAAGGUGGUGGAGAAAAAUGUGGACCCAGAAACUACACUGCUAACUUAUCUUCGAAGGAAAUUGGGUUUAUGUGGAACCAAACUGGGCUGUGGAGAAGGUGGAUGUGGUGCCUGCACUGUUAUGAUUUCCAAAUUUGACUGGUUCCAAAAGAAAAUCAUACACUAUUCUGCCAAUGCUUGCUUAUUCCCUAUAUGUGCCCUCCACCAUGUAGCAGUAACAACUGUUGAAGGCAUUGGAAGCACAAAGACAAGGCUCCACCCAGUACAGGAAAGAAUAGCAAAAAGCCAUGGAUCCCAGUGUGGUUUCUGCACACCAGGCAUUGUCAUGUCCAUGUACACACUUCUUCGCAAUCAACCUGAGCCCAAAAUGGAAGAGAUUGAAGAUGCUUUUCAAGGAAAUCUCUGCCGCUGUACAGGAUACAGGCCCAUUCUGGAAGGGUACAGAACGUUUGCAAAGGAUUGGAAAUGCUGUGGGGGGAAAGUUAAUGGUCUAGGUUGCUGCAUGGUUGGAAAGGAAAACAAUGUGGGUUGGGGAUGUCCUGAAACAAAAAUCAAUGGCCCAGAUUGCUGCAUGAAUGCAACAGACACAGCAAUGGUAUCUUCAUCUCUCUUCAACUGUGCUGAGUUCCAGCCUCUAGAUCCUACACAGGAGCCUAUAUUCCCCCCAGAGUUGUUGAUUCACAAAAACAAACCUCAGAAGCAGUUGUGCUUCAAGGGUGAGCGGGUGAUGUGGUUUCAGCCUUCAACACUCAAGGAACUGGUGACCCUCAAAGCUGAGUAUCCCACUGCCAAGCUCGUGGUAGGAAAUACUGAAGUGGGUAUUGAAAUGAGGUUAAAGAACAUGCUGUACUCAGUGAUAAUAGCACCAACUUGGAUUCCAGAAAUGAACUGUAUUCAGCACUCAGAGAACGGAAUCAGCUUUGGCGCCUCCUGCACUCUGAGCCAUGUGGAAGAGGUUCUACGGAAGGCUGUGGCCCAUCUUCCUCCUUAUAAAACAGAGGUGUUCCAGGCAGUCCUAGAGCAACUGAGAUGGUUUGCAGGCCCUCAAAUCCGAAAUGUUGCUGCUCUUGGGGGAAAUAUAAUGACUGCAAGUCCAAUAUCUGACCUAAAUCCUGUAUUUAUGGCAAGUGGGAGCAGGCUGACUUUGGUGUCAAAUGAGGGCAGGAGGACUGUCAGGAUGGAUGAAACAUUCUUUACUGGCUACAGAAAGACUAUACUAAAGCCUGAGGAAACACUGCUCUCAGUCGGGAUACCCUGCAGCAGGAAGGGGGAAUAUUUCUCAGCAUUCAAGCAGGCUUCUCGGCGAGAGGAUGAUAUUGCUAUAGUGACCUGUGGAAUGAGAGUCUUGUUCCAAGAGGGAACCAGCCGAGUACAAGAGAUUAAGCUGAGCUAUGGAGGGAUGGCUCCAACAACUGUGCUGGCUACUAAAUCCUGUCAAGAGAUCAUUGGCAGGGAGUGGAAAGAAAAGCUUUUGCAGGAUGCCUGCUGCAAGCUGGCCAAUGAGAUGAAUCUGUCUCCUUCAGCUCCAGGUGGUAUGGUGGACUUCCGGCGAACUCUCACGCUCAGCUUCUUCUUUAAGUUCUAUCUCACUGUGCUUCAGAAAUUAAGUAUAGAACUCAAUGGUAAUAACAAUCUUGAUGAAGUGGUCCCAUCUAGGUAUACAAGUGCCACUGAGUUAUACCAUAAAGAUCCCGUUAACAAUGUGCAACUUUUCCAAGAAGUACCCGCAGGACAGUCCAUUGAAGAUAUGGUGGGACGACCCAUGGUGCAUCUUUCAGCAGCCAAACAGGCAAGCGGAGAAGCAGUCUAUUGUGAUGAUAUACCUCGCUAUGAGAAUGAGCUCUACCUAACACUUGUUACCAGCACCAAAGCCCAUGCUAAAAUUAUUUCUGUUGAUACAACAGAGGCCCAGAAAGUGCCUGGCUUUGUAUGUUUUGUCUCUGCCAAGGAUGUUCCUGGGAGUAAUGUCAAUGGAAUGAAAAAUGAUGAAACUGUCUUUGCAGAAGACACUGUCACAUGUGUUGGCCACAUCAUUGGCGGGGUAAUGGCAGACACACAAGAACAUUCCCGGAGAGCUGCUAGAGUUGUCAAGAUUACAUAUGAAGAGCUUACACCAAUUGUCACCAUUGAGGAAGCCAUUGAGAAACAGUCUUUUUUUGACCUUAUAAGGAAGAUUGAAAAAGGAAAUAUUCAGAAAGGGUUUGAAGAAGCUGAUCAUAUUGUGGAAGGGGAAAUCUACAUAGGUGGCCAGGAGCAUUUUUAUUUGGAGACUCACUGCACAAUUGCUGUGCCAAAAGGGGAAGAUGGAGAAAUGGAACUCUUUGUAUCUACCCAGAAUCCAGCAGUCACACAGGAAUUUGUUGCCAAAGCAGUAGGGGUCCCAUCAAAUCGAAUUGUGGUUCGAGUAAAGAGAAUGGGAGGAGGUUUUGGAGGAAAAGAAACAAGAAGCACUAUUGUCUCAACUGCUGUUGCAGUGGCUGCAGUUAAAACCGGCUGCCCAGUACGGUGCAUGCUGGAUCGAGAUGAAGAUAUGCUGAUAUCUGGUGGGAGACACCCCUUUUUGGGACAGUAUAAGGUUGGUUUCAAGAAAAAUGGAAGGAUUACUGGUCUGGAAGUUUCAUAUUAUAGCAAUGGAGGCAACUCUGUGGAUCUUUCUUAUGGUGUUAUGGACAGAGCUUUAUUUCACAUGGACAAUUCUUAUAACAUCCCAAACAUCAAAGGUAUAGGCAUAGUGUGUAAAACAAACUUGUCUGCCAACACAGCGUUUCGUGGGUUUGGAGGUCCCCAGGGAAUGAUGGUUGCGGAGUGCUGGAUGAGCGACAUUGCCUUGAAGUGUGGGUUGCCAGCAGAAGAGGUGCGAAAGCUCAAUCUGUAUAAUGAAGGAGAUCUGACUCAUUUCAAUCAAAAGUUGGAAGGAUUCACCUUGCGAAGAUGCUGGGAAGAAUGCCUUGUAAAUUCAGACUAUCACUCCAGAAGGAAACUCGUUGAUGAGUUCAACCGGCAAAAUCGCUGGAAGAAGAGAGGCAUGGCUAUUAUUCCAACCAAGUUUGGGAUCAGCUUCACAGUCCCCUUUCUUAAUCAGGCCGGUGCUUUGGUGCACAUAUAUACUGAUGGCUCAGUAUUGAUCACCCAUGGUGGGACUGAGAUGGGCCAGGGACUGCACACAAAGAUGAUCCAGGUUGCCAGCAGAACUCUGGGGAUACCCACUUCUAAAAUCCAUAUCAGUGAGACGAGCACCAACACAGUGCCAAAUACGGCUCCCACAGCGGCAUCUGUCAGCGCUGAUAUCAAUGGGAUGGCUGUUUCAAAUGCUUGUCAGACCAUCUUAAAGAGACUGGAGCCAAUCAAAUCUGCUAAUCCAAAAGGAUCCUGGGAAGACUGGGUGUCAGCAGCCUACCAAGACUGUGUGAGUCUGUCUGCUACAGGAUUUUACAGGAUUCCUGACCUUGGGUAUGACUUUGAGAAGAAUGAAGGAAAGGCCUUCCAUUACUUCACCUAUGGUGUAGCUUGCUCCGAGGUUGAGAUAGACUGCCUGACAGGUGACCACAAGAAUCUUCGUACAGACAUUGUGAUGGAUGUUGGUACCAGCUUGAAUCCUGCUAUCGACAUAGGGCAGAUAGAAGGAGCAUUUGUCCAAGGGGCUGGACUCUUUACUUUAGAGGAGCUGCGCUAUUCUCCAGAAGGCAAUUUGUAUACCCGAGGGCCUGGAAUGUACAAAAUACCUGCAUUUGGUAACAUUCCAACAGAGUUCCAUGUAUCUCUUCUCCGGGACUGUCCAAACAGCAAAGCCAUUUAUUCAUCCAAGGCUGUGGGAGAGCCUCCCCUGUUCCUGUCAGCCUCAGUGUUUUAUGCCAUUAAAGACGCCAUAUUCUCUGCAAGGGCAGAAUCGGGACUCAACCAACCCUUCAGACUAGACAGCCCAGCCACCCCAGAGAGAAUACGCAAUGCGUGUGUCGAUGUCUUCACCAAACUGUGUCCCUCCGCUGAGCCAGGCACCUUUAAGCCAUGGUCUGUGAGAGCGUGAAUGAAGAAAUCGUCUCCACUCAUGAAGCUGGUUUUACCUCAGGGGACCGAAAGACGCAACCCUAGUGUCUGAAAACUGAAAUGUAUUCCUGCCCCACUGAUUCAUGACAUUUUUAAAAAUUGGCUGUUAAAUUAUCAGUUGCCUAAGAAAAAGGUUAUCACUGAUGGAUUAUUGCUGGGAUGUAAAUUUAAUGAAGAGACAAAAUGAUGGUUUUGCUGUCUGUGAAACUGAAACUCCUUAUAAGAUUCAUUUAAGCUUCUGGCAGGUAUCAUAGAAAUGCUUAUAACCUGUUUGUGAAUCUGUCUGUUUUAAAAUAUGAGCCUUAAAUUCAAAGAAAGGCCAAUUUUGGCUGGCUUAGGUUCAAUCCAUCCUUCUUUUUCUGCUUUCCCCUUAAUCUUUGGAGUGGAUGCCUGAAGGCAACAAUGCAGUAGGACCAUGUUAAAUUUCCCAUGGGCAUAAAAAGAAUUCAGUGCAUCUAACUGAUGAACUCUCAGAUUCUCUUUCCAAAUUCUUUUCUGUUUGAUGAGAGUAUCAAAUACAUUAAAAUAAAAUGCAGAUUUGUGCAAUGGCAAAUAAGAGUUGUCCUAAUACCCUGCAUUUGAAUUCAUAACUUGGAAGCAAGACACAGUGAUUCCAGAGAAGUUUAUCCAAAGCUAACAGGGCAAUCUUAACCAAAGUUACACCCAUUUACAUCCAUUGAAAUCAAUGGGCUUAGUAGGGCAUAACUCUACCUAGGACUGUACUGUGAGUGUACAUACAACUGCAACCUGAUUCAGUAAUGAAAAAUGCCAUAAGUUAGUACUAAUAUGGUCUGGAAAGUCAGGUUUUUUCCAUCCUUGUGGUUUUGCUUAUCAUAUGCUCGAAUGGGUGAUAGAGGAUGGCUUCCAAGUGCAUUGCUAUUUUGAGAGGGCUCCUUAGGAAUUGGUCCGAUUCCCCACUUUGUAGUACAAAGAGGUUUAAUAAAACAUUCUAGUGCUUGUAAAAAAAACCCCCACAAAACCCCAAGUUAGCUUAUAUUUUUUCUGUGAUGGGAUGUUUGUGCAGCAGCUGCUAAUGCCCUAUUUAUGCAUCUUCCAGAGUCUUUACUUUAGUUGAUCCAUCCAGAGGAUGUUAAAGUGAAAAGUGGAACAGUGUGGUAUAUGAAUGUUUUCAUAAAUUGCCAUUAAGUAGCACUUACAAAGGGAUAGCUUGAAUUUAUGUGGGGAAAAUUGGGAGAGUCCUAAUUGGUGAGGUUUAUCUGUCCCACAAGAGGUGUGGGUUCAUAAUUUAUUACCAGAGAUGUCUGAAUGCAAUAUAGCUGACCACAUCACUCCUUUUACCUGUUAAAACAGAACAGUGCGCCCUAUACUCUGGUCUCCCAUUUAAGCACUCCUUAUAUCAAAACACAACAGACAUAUGAGAGCCAGUUGACAAUUAAAUCCUAAGCAGAGUUACAUCCUUCUAAAUGCAUUGUGCGAUGUAGCAAUUGCAGCGGUGGACUAGGAUCAGGGAAAUGCAGGUUUGAAUCCAAAUUCUGUGAUGGAAGCUUGUUGGGCCAAUCACACACACACACACCCUAACCUACCUCACAGGGCUGUUGUGAGGAUAAAACAGAGAAGAGGAGAAUGACGUAAGCUACUGGGGAGAAAGGUGACUAAAAAGAAGGGUAUAACAGCUUAGGAUUGCACUGUGUGUCAAUGAAAUGUAACUUCAUCCU